AUGCAGGAAUAAGAUGGCGCUGAGAUACCUAACCUAACGAAGCAACAGAAUACAAGCAAGACGCGCACUGACGCACACAAAUUUUUGAUAUCAUUAAGCGAACACUUCAUUAACGAGAUGGGCCGACGAAAGAGUAAACGAAAACCACCUAGCAAAAAGAAAGCUAUUCAACCGUUAGAUACGCAAUUCAAUUGUCCAUUCUGCAAUCACGAGAAAUCAUGUGAGGUUAAAAUGGACAAGUCUAGAAGUACUGCAAGGAUAACCUGCAGAGUAUGUUUAGAGGACUUUCAGACAACAAUAAAUUUACUAUCAGAACCAUUGGAUGUGUACAAUGAUUGGAUCGAUGCUUGUGAAAAUGCUAAUUAAAUAUUAGUAUAGCUAGACUUCUAAGAUAAGAUUUCUACUUUAUUAUUUAUUCUAUUUACUUAUUUCUACGACAAUGCUAUGAUUGGUUAGUACUUGAUAGUUAGUACUUAGUUUUUAUUUACAUCAUUUUCUAAGCUUUAUAAAUAUACUUCAGAAAUGAAAGCAUGUAUUCUUCAGUGUUAGAUCAGUGGCGGAUCUGUCAGAUCUGUCAGAUCAUAAAACCAUUUGUCAAACAUGUGUACAAUAUUGACCAGAAACUUCUAAUAUUGAAAAAAAUAAUACAAGCUCUAUUGUACAAUU